UUAUACAACAAACAUGGAUGGGAUUUUCAAGGUUCCAUUAACAACUGGAUUUAGAUACUUAUUCUAUGCCGUGACACCAAAUGAAACCACAUUUGAACAUGUAGAAGAUGUUCCUAACUAUGUUGAACAGGUGACACCGUUUUUCCUAUUGUCAAUUUUGCUCGAGUAUGCUAUCUGUCAUGUGACUGGCAGUAGAAAAAUGAGACUUCACAAUGAUGGAUAUGUUUCUAUUGUACAGGGACUGUGCUCUGAACUGCCAAGAAUGUUAUUCCGUUCCGCUGAGGUGGCUUCAUACAUUUGGAUGUACAACAACUGGAGAAUCACGGAACUGCCCUGGAACUCUGCAUUCACCUGGUGGCUGGCCUUUUUUGGUGUGGACCUGGGGUAUUACUGGUUCCAUAGACUUGCACACGAGAGUAACUUUAUGUGGGCAGCCCACCAGGUCCACCACAGCUCUGAAGAUUAUAAUCUCAGUACUGCCCUCAGACAAUCAGUGCUCCAGAAAUACACAUCUUGGAUAUUCUAUUUUCCAAUGGCUCUGUGUAUCCCUCCACCGGUGUUCAUGGUUCACAAACAGUUCAACCUUCUCUAUCAGUUCUGGAUUCACACAGAGCUUGUUGGUACAUUGGGUCCCCUAGAGUACAUCCUGAACACUCCUAGUCACCACAGAGUACAUCACGGUAGAAACCCCUAUUGUAUUGACAAGAAUUAUGCUGGUACACUCAUCAUAUGGGACAGGAUGUUUGGUACAUUCCAAGCAGAAGAUGAGGAGGUCGUAUAUGGAUUAACGCAUCCUAUUAACACCUGGCAGACCUGGGACAUUCAGUUAGGUCAUUUAAAGUAUAUGUGGGGUUUGUUGUGCUCUACCCCUGGUCUGUCAAACAAGCUCUCAGUCAUAUUCAAAGGUCCUGGAUGGACCAAAGAAAAACCUAAUCUCCGACUUGGAGACCCAAAUGACCUUCCAAAGGUGAAAGCCCCUGUGAAGGCCUACAACACACAAAACCCACUUUGGACACGAGUAUACGUUUGGGUUCAGUUCUUCAUCACACUGGGAAUAAGCCAGGAGGUCACAAUUAGGAAGAUGGGUCUCUCCCAGAGCACUGUGCUGCUGUGUAUGAUCUUCCUCUUCAUGUCCCUUUAUACAUCUGGGGCCAUACUGGAGAAAAGGGCGCAUGGUGCAGUUUUAGAGUGUUUGAGAUGUGCUGUAUUCUGUGGUGUUAACAUGUACAUUGUUAGUCAACGAGAUACUGUACCUGUCAUAUUGCAUAUUCUACAGGGACUCUUCAUUGUUUUCACAGCAGUUUGGACAGUACAAAGUAUCAGAUUAUUGAGUGGAACUGAUAUAUUUGAAAGCCACCAGACAGCUACCAAUGGUAUUCAAAAUGGCAUUCAAAAACCUCUUGACAAGAACGACUGA